AUGUCGAACUUCAUUUUGGCUCAGAUUAGCAUUGUCUUGGUGUUUGUUGUUUAUCGCUUCUUCUUCCGCAAGAAGCAAGACCUUCUUCCACUACCCCCUGGCCCAAAGCCUCUUCCACUUGUCGGCAACAUCAAAGACCUUCCACCUCCAGGAGUACCAGAAUUCGAGCACUGGCUUACUUUCAAGGACAAAUAUGGACCUGUUAGCUCUGUUACCGUAUUGGGCCAAACAAUGGUUAUCCUUCACGACAAGGCAGCCGUUAUUGAGCUCUUGGAAAAGUCUUCACUGAAGACCUCUGGUAGACCAGUUUUCUUCUUUGGGGCUGAAAUGUGUGGAUAUGGUGGAUUCAUGCCUACAAUGCAAUAUACCGAUCUAUAUCGCCAACACCGCAAGUUCAUUCACCAGCAAAUGGGGACUAAGAUUCUUGCAUCGCGAUUCAAUGAUGUCCAAGACAUAGAAUCAAAGCGCCUUUUACUGCGUACUUUGAAGGACCCCAAGAACUUCUUUGAGCACAUUAAAACCGAAGCAUCUGCAAUUAUGCUGAGGAUCACGUAUGGCUAUGUCAUUGAGCCACUCAAUCAAGAUCCUCUCAUUCAACUUAUGCAAGACGUCAUGACGAAUUUGUCGAGUGCCUUUUUGCCUCUUUAUUGGGCGACCGAUUUCGUCCCUGCUAUCAGACAUCUUCCUGAUUGGUUUCCUGGAACAGGUUUCAAGCAGACUGCGCGGAAAUGGAAAAGCAUCAACGAUGCCGUUACCAAGACCCCUUAUGAUUUCGUCCAAAAACAAAUGGAAAAUGGCAUUUAUCAGCAGACAUCAUAUGUGUCUGAGCACAUCAAAGCCCAUGGUCAUGGAGACGGUACAGGAGUGAGUGAGGAAGACAGUUCAAACAUUGCACUCACAGCAACCGACAUGUAUGGUGGAGGCGCAGACACCACGGUAUCUACGAUUAUGGCUUUUACGUUGGCCAUGAUUCUUUUCCCCGAAGUCCAGAAAAAGGCUCAGGAAGAGAUUGACCGCGUGGUUGGCUCCGAUCGCCUACCUGGCUACGAAGACCAAGACAAUUUGCCCUAUACUACUGCUGUAGCCAAGGAAGCGCUUCGAUACUUUUCGAUUGUACCAAUUGGCACAGCUCAUAGAGCGGAAGAAGAAAUCACCUUUAGAGGCUACCGUAUUCCAAAGGGUUCAUUCAUACUGCCAUCCAUAUGGUGGUUUUCGCACGACCCUGAGGUAUACAAAAACCCUCUAGUAUUCGAGCCCGAGCGGGUAUGCCCUGGCAGAUACCUUGCGACUGAGAGCAUCUACAUUACCGUCGUGCGCUUGCUUGCAGCUUUCACAAUUACAAAAGGGGUGGAUGAGAAUGGAAAGGAAAUUGACGUGCAAUGCAAGCAGACUCCAGGUCUUAUUUCUCACCCAGCCAAGUUUUCUUAUGGAAUUAAUCCUAGGAACAAGAAGUAUGAGGACCUUAUUCGAAAGGUGGAGAUAGACCAUCCCUGGGAAAGGAGCGAUGCAGAAUUUCUCGAGGGCGACGUAAUGGAGGAGUAUAAACAAGAGGUUAAGAAAAAACAACAAGUCAGCUAG